UGGCAGUCACGGCACAGUAAGCAGGAGGCGACGAUAGCUCUCGGGGAUUUAUCAUGUACUUGCAUUGGCGUAGGCAGCUGUUACUCUCAUGCUUGUAACAUGACAGCGACGUAGCGACUGCAAAUGUUUCGACUCAUGAAGAAAACAAAGGGAAGCGAAAAUAUCCUGUUUUUCUGCGAGUUUAGCUAGCAAGGCACGAUUAGCCAAAUAAAUGAACUGGUUCAGCAUCGCAUAAUGCAACUGACACCUAGCAAACAACAAAAACGACUGUUCUCCAAAUAGCACACUGACAUCGUGAAUGCUCAAUUAUGGCCAUCACUCAGUUUCGCCUGUUUAAGAUCUGCACAUGUUUAGCCAACUUGCUCUCCUUCUUUAAAAGGUUGAUAUGCAGAACUGGAAGGGGGCGAAAGCUCAGUGGUGAUCUAAUAACUCUGCCAACCACAGUGGAUUUUUCAACAUCUGUCCCCAAACAGUCUGCCCAGCCGGAGAUUGAAGAAUGGAGCUCUUGGGAUGAAGAAGCCCCAACAAGUAUCAAGAUUGAGGGUGGCAAUGGAAAUGUUUCCCCUCCUGCCAAUGAGUUAGAAGAAGAGCCCGACUACUUCAAAGACAUGACCCCUACCAUAAGGAAAACCCAGAAGAUUGUCCUGAAGAAGAGGGAGCCUUUGAACUACCUUGUGACUGAUGGCUCUGCAGGUUUCUCCAGCAGACUGGCAGCCACUCAGGACAUGAUGUCCUUUAUCCCACCCUCGGCUGAGCUUGGUGAAAUGGACAAUUGGCAGGAGGACUCCAAUGCCUGGGAAGAUGAAUCUGAUGCUGCCUGGGAGGCAGAGGAGGUGCUCAGACAACAGAAGCUAGCAGAGAGAGAGAAACGUUCCAUGGAGCAGCAGAGAAAGAAGAUUGAGAAAGAUGCUCAGAGAAUGAUGAAGAAGGAGCAGAAGAUUGCGGUCAAGCUCUCGUAACAUUUUAGAAAUGCUCAGUUUUGAGCUGAAGUUGUGAUGGUGUUGGUGUUGGGGAGGGGGCGCUGACAUAGACUCAACCAUUACUCAACCCUGUUUUCAUCAAGCCAACCCAGGAUUAUGUCAAUACACUCGUCACUUAAAAAUGAAACAGUUCACCUUCUCCCAGCACCCAUUUUGGUUGUAGUUGUUCAGUUCCAGCAAUGGCAAAUGCCACAUUCUCCUGUCAGCAAGCUGCCUGGAGGGCAGAUAAUGUACCUGGUGUACUUGCUCUUCACAUUGCAAGGCUAUUUUGGUUUUCAGGGGGAUUAGUAUUUUGUAUAAUUGCAGUUCAUCAUUGGUUAAAAAUGGGACAAAUAGCAUUAGACUUGGUUAGAUUCUGAUUUCAUUUGCUAGAGAACUAAAAAAAAAAAUUGGUUUGUCCAGGUGCAACUGUCAAUAAACUGGUAUCUACAGUAGUACACUUUGGCUCUCUUAUUGAGAGUGUACUUUCCUUUGUCUACUUUAUAACCAAAAUGCAAAAUAUAAAUCACAGGCUUCACUGUAUAUCAGCACUAUCCCUUUGCAUGAAUGUGUUAAAUAUUUCACUUGUCUUUGUUUGUCAGCGUUCAUUUUUUUCUUAUUGAUAUUGUUUUAUGUUCAAUGUACCUACCUUUAUAAAGUCCUUCCCUCACUGGAAUUCUGCAGUGGCAUGGAUCCAUGGAUGGACAUCUCAAGGGAUAAGAGACUGGAAUUUAGCCUUACCAGUACUAUUAGCUGUGAGUUCCUAUGGUAAUCUCAUUGCUACUGAUUUUCCAGCCUCUUCCUUUGUCCAAUUUUAAAGUGAAAAAAAAAUCCUACCAUAACACACACCAUCACAAAACCUAUCCUAUUUGAUUAAUAACAUUUUGUUUUGUUGGGUGAUUUGGGGUUCUUGUUCAUUGAUGUAAUCACUACACAAAUAGUUUUGAGUAGCAAAGCUUACUUGAUGAAACUGGACGACUAUAACCAUACAACUUCAGAUCUGGAGCUUUAGAUAGAAUUUGUGUGUUGCUCCUGUUGUUGGCAAACGGCAUUAAUUGCUGUAGCUUGUUAUGUAUGACAACAGUGAAUGCAGUGGUUUGUUUGCUAAUUAACAAGCCUCUAUCAUGGAAACACUGAGAUUAAGAGACAAAGCUGUAUGAAUUGGCAUGUGGAAUACACUGAAGAGUCCCCCCCCCCCCCCCCUGAGUGAUGUCUUGGUCUUUUAGGGCAGUUUUCAAGUUGUCUACUUGCUUUAGUACAUGUUUAAGCUUAAUAUUUAACAUUACGGGUGGCAAAGCUUUUCAAGCUUUCUAUUGAAUGACUCAUUUACACUUUCAGAAUGGUGAUGGAUUUUCAAAGAUAACCUGGAGGGUAAAAGGACAGAUGUGUCCAUGAGCAGUUUCUAGAUAGUUCAAGCUAUUAAAAAAGAUUGUCCUCUGAUGUGAGCCCAUCCUUUGAAUGCCCCUUUUCCAACUUUUUUCACUGGGUACAGCUUGCAUGUUAAAAAAGGUAAUUUAUUUUUGCACUUUUCCAACAUUGUUUGAUCGAUUUAUUUUUUAAAAUCUGUUCCAAUAAGUGCGAUCUCAGACAUGGUAUGGUUGAGCACCCCUGACAACCAUGAUGGAAAUGUUACCGUGGACUACAAACAAAAUCCAAACAGUGUGGGAGAUUAUACCUGACUGAUUAGUCGUGGAUGUUUUUAAAUAAAAUGUUUUUGAUUCAUCCCUCUCGAGAU